UUUCUCUCUUUCUAUCUCCCUAUUUAUACCAAACCAACAAUCUUUAUAAUUCAUCAUCACUUCAAAUCUUCAAUCUCAUUCUUCUCUGUGAUUUAUUUAUCUUCUCUCUUUACAAAGAUCUUAGAAAAAAUGGCAGGAACAAAGACAGUUGAUUUCCAAGAUUAUUUGCCAACCAUGGCUGAUAAAUUAGGAGGAGAAGGUUUAAUAGGUGAAUUAUGCAAUGGGUUUCAGUUAUUAAUGGAUCAGGAAAAGGGUUUGAUUACUUUUGAGAGUUUGAAAAGAAAUUCAGCUCAUUUAGGUUUACAGGGAUUAAGCAAUGACGAAUUAAGGAGUAUGUUAAGAGAAGGCGAUAUGGAUGGUGAUGGUGCUCUUAAUCAGAUGGAAUUUUGUGUUCUUAUGUUUAGAUUAAGUCCUGAUUUGAUGGAAGAAUCUGAGAUUUGGUUAGAAGAUGCUCUUCAACAAGAAUUCAAACAUCAUGGGUAGUUCCAUUUUUGUUUUAUUUUAUUUUCUCUCCUGUUGAUUGUUGUAAUUGUUGAAAUGAGGGAAAAUGGAAGGGAAAAUCUACUGUCAGUCUGAGUUGCCAUUAAUGAACCUAUGAGGGGUUUAGAUUUGGUUACUUAAUCUUGUUAUAUAAUUAAUCCAACACUAAUUUUUUCGGUUUAA